UCAGUUGUAGGUUGUAACAUGAACUUAGUUUCAUAAAGAACAUGACAUCACUUGUGUCCAUCCAUGUUCCAUGGUUUAUGCAUCUGGAGUUAUGGAGAAAUUCUUUGGUUUUGCUUCAUCCAUAUUUGGACUGCUUUGUUACCUCUGUUUUUUCCAAAUGUCAUGUGGCGUUUCUGGUUUUGGCCAUCAUCUCUGUUUACUCAUUCUAUUUUGAUAAAGAUGUGACGGGAAACCGGAUGCAUAGAGCCUAGUUUCUCAUGUGGCGUUUGCCAUGAUGUCACUGAGUUUUCAAGGCAGUUUCGUUGUGGAUAUACUGUAUUUAUUUCUAGGAUUUUUGACAACACAACUCAUGAAGAUAAAACUCUUGUUGGUUUUGUUGGAAUAUAUAUCAGUUAUUUCCUUAUUCACCUUGGAUCCUCUCUAGCUGUGCUACAAGAAAAGGAAAAUCAGCAUUAUGGUCCUUAAGAUCUAAAUUAUGUGCGCAUUCAAGUAGAUUCAGUAGAUCCAAUCAACUCAACACUGGUAAUGUUUUUUUUUUUUCUGAAGAAAGAGAGCUCAACACACUAAAGUGGAGCAACCAAACAAGAAAACAACAAAGAAACCAAAAAUAUAAAACUAUAGGGUACAAUCCGUUGUCAUCUCCGGCAUUGUCAUCAACAACCAAACGGAUCAAUGCCACACCAUUCGUUGUAAUUCAGAAAGGACUUAAUCUUGAUUCCAUCAACACCUGUCUCAGAUCUCUGGAAAACUCUAUUAUUCCGUUCUAACCAAAUAUGUUCCAGAUCACCGCAAAGAAUCCUAUCAGCCACCUCUUUUACUCAGAAUUACAACCAGACACUUCAAUUCAACUCUCAAACAGUUCUUUGACAGUUUCUGGAAUAGCCCAAUCUCUAUCUACACCCGUCAACUAAGCGCACCACACCUGUCAAGUAAAUUCAUAGCCAAGAAAUAAAUGGUGCAUACAUUCUAUUUCCUUUUUACACAAAAGUAGCAUACUCAGUCGCUCUUUAGUGUUUAUCCUGCCUACUAAAACAAACCACGCAAAGAGUUCAACUCUUGGAGGAACCAAUCCUCUCCAAAUGGCACUAGAGAAACUGUAGCUUGUGAUGUCCUCCGGGAGAGUCUCUUUCUGUAGCACCUGCACAAAUGAGUUAGUAGAAUAGAUACCAGUUUUUUCAAAUUUCCAUACAAUUGUAUCCUCUCUGGUAGGCGACAUUCUCACUAGUCACAAUCGGUCAUCAAGUUGAUUGAGCAACUGAAGUUCCCAUUGGAAUAACUCUUUCCUCUACUAAAAGUUCCACACCUAGUGUAUCCCAUCCCAGAACCCACAAUCCCUUAUGAUGAAACCUUUUUUAUUUGAAAUGGAGAAGAAUCUCGGAAAACUAUCUUUCAAUGGACCACUUUGUAGCCAAUCAUCCUCCCAGAAACGAAUAUGUCUACCAUUUUCCACCUCCAUUGCCAAACCCCUAAUCAUCAUAUCUUUUGCAUGUGGCUCUUUAAUAUUACGCGGACAAAUAUCUUUUCACGGGCCAUCUCUUAACAGUAAUGGCUGUUUUGACAACAUUACAGAAGAGUUCAAAUGAUUACAAGAACAUACAAUCUUCUUCCACAACGGACAAUCUUCCUUGGAAAAACGACACCACCACUUGAACAGAAGCGAUGCAUUUCUGAUGGUCGAUGGAGCUAAAUCAUUGGUCUUCAUUCUCCGUGGAGAUGGUUUUGCUAUUGGAGCUUGUAGAAAGAAAGUUGAAGGCCAAGUCCAAGAACUUCAUGGACCCUGCUCUGCGGCUGCGUUUUCAUGAUGGAUAACACGAGGUAAAUCGAAGACAACAGUUCAACAAUCCCUUGAGUUAUAACACAGACGCUCAUGGAGUAAGGUUUCUGGAAUUUCUGAACUUGGAUAACAUUGAGUCACUGGCUCUUAAUAUUGUUGCUAAGUCAAUGAAAGAGAAGCUUAGUUCCUUCACUGCGCGUUUCAAGAAGAUAUGCCAUGUUCAAUCUACAUGGUGUGUCCUUAGCUUGAAGCUUAGGGAAGAAAUAAUUACAUCCCUAGAAAUCAAUGAACUAGACUAGAUUUUGGACUGUACUUUAUUUAUUAGUCAACUUAAGUCGGCUUAAGAAAUUACCAAGUAACGGAGUUACCAUUAUAUUUGUUUAUUCAGCAUGCCUUUGACUAUUGAGACAUGAAAAAAUGAAAGGGGACAGGAAACAUAAACUAUGUAACAUGCAUAUAAAAAUGACUAUGGCCAAGAACAAGAUGACAAAACUUAGUUGCAGCAUACUCUUCAUGCCGGCAACUACUACUCCAAGUAAAAAAUAUAUGUAUUUAAAAAUUAUUGUGUAACUUUCCUUUGAAGGUUUCUCUGCAAAGGGUAGUGCUACCUGAAAUGGUCUCUCUUGGUGUUUUGGAAAGACUAAAAAGCACUUGUUAGUUGUUACUUGGAUUCUUUCACAGAGAAUAUGACACCUCUAUCUGUCCAAAUUCCAAGUUGGCUUAUGCACCAAAAGCUAUGGAGAUUCCUUGGUUUUGCUUCAUCCAUAGUUGGAUUACUCUGUUACGCUCUUAGUACAUCCUUCAACUUUCUAUUCGGAAAAUGGAACUUGGCGAAAAUCUCUAUUUACAUUGUUUUCAGUCUUAUAAUCUGCCUUGCCACUUUCUUUGCCAAGGUAUGGCAAUACUCUGCAAGUCUCCGAUUAAGAGCUCACAUGACAUUUUUAGUUCUGACCGUUACUUCUGUUUACUCAUUCUUUUUCGAUAAAGCUGCGAAUGGGGAUCCGGAUGCAUAUAGCAUAGUUUCUUGUGCUUCUUUUGCUAUAAUGUGGUUUAGUUUGUCAAGACAAAUUCAUUGUGGAUUUGAGGUAGACAUGUUAUAUUUCUUUCUGGGAGUUCUCAUAAUACAACUGAUGAAGAUAAGAUUCUUGUUGAGUAUAGUUGCGAUAUGUUUCAGCUAUUUCCUCAUCAUUCUUCGAUCCUCUCUAGAUGCAUCAACAGUCACAGAGAGUGAAUAUUUGGAACUCCAUGACCAAAAUCAUGUGUCAAUUCAAGUGGAAUCUGAUUCACAACAAUCCAACAUUCAUAGAAUCAUCAUGACAAAACUCAUGGAUUGUGUUGAGGCGCUUCAGAAGAGAAAAGCUGCACUAGUGCAAACCAUUUUUGAGGAAUACAAUAAUGCUACUAAUAACACUAUGUUGGUGACUGAUUACAAUUUCUUGCUUGAUACGCUACCACAGGGAGUUGUAAAUGACCUUCAUGAAGCUGUCAAAUCUGCAGUGGCUUUUGGAUUGGUGAAGGAAUGCUCUGAUGCCUACAUCGAUUGCCGGAGGGAAUUCUUGGAGGAGUGUCUAGCAAGAUUGUUGGAGUUGGACACUGUCAAGAUUGACCACCCUAACACACUACCAACUCCAUAUUUCAUGGUUAAGAGAUGGGCUGAAACCUGCAAUGUUGCAUUCAGAAUACUGUUCCCAUUCGAAAGACGACUCUGCGAUCGUGUCUUCUUUGGGCUACGCUCAGUUUCUGAUGUUUGUUUUGCAAAUAUUUGCCGGGAAUCCGCGACUCAGCUGUUAAAUUUUGCUGAAGCCUUUACAAGUACAUUGUUUUGUGAUAGCCUCACUAUGUUCUUGGUGAAGGAAGCUAUUACAAUCCAGAACAACUUGAGAGAAGCAAUAGAGGGUUGUUACACGGAGGUGAAGAAUAUGAUUUUCCGUAGUAAGAAGGCUAAGUUUGUUUUUCCCAAUGGCGGAAUUCAUCCAUUAACAAUGGAUGUCCUGGCAUAUGUCGAGUUAUUUUGCGAGCCAUUUUUACAAAAAUAUGUGCAGGGUUCUGAUAGAGCUGGAACAUCGUUUUCAUUCUCUGUGGAGAUGGUUUCUAUGUUGAAGAUUUUAGAGAGAAAACUGAGAACUAAAUCCAAGAACUACAAGGAUCCUACUUUGUGCUAUUUCUUCAUGAUGAUUAAUAGAAGGUACAUACAAAACUUUGUAAAACAACGGCAUUUCGUAACCCAUUUGAGCAAUGAUUGGGUCCAAAAUAAUACACAGAAAGCUGAGCAAAACCUUGAGCUCUAUUACAAAAGCUCAUGGAACAUGGUGGUUGAUUAUCUGAAGCUGUACAACGAUGAGAAGAUAUGCACUCUUCAAUCUACAUGGUUUGUUGGUAAAGAGCAACUUAGGAAAGAAAUAAUAACAUCCGUAGAGAACAUGUUGCUUCCAGCAUAUGGAAACUUCAUUGGGAAGUUCCAUAAUGUUCUUGCUGCAGAUGCAUAUGAGUAUAUAGAGUACGGAAUGUUUGAUAUACAAGCUCGACUUAACGGAAUCUAUAUUGUAAUAAUAAGAUUAGUCAAACCCAAGUCAACUGAAGAUGUUCCUGGAAGGGGAUAG